AAGAAGACAUUUUUGUCACCUAUAAGAUUACAGACCAUGCUCAACAUAUUACAGAGAAAGCUAUGGAGAAGACUAAAUCCAAAACUGGGUCUUAUUUUUGGAAGCAUUGUCUUUUUCCUUACAAUGGUGGCGACAUAUAUGUCUCAGGACUGCAAUCUGGUCUAUAACAAUCUGAAUGGUGAUUUAAGGAGUGAAUAUUGCAGGAGUCUUGACUACCAGGAUUUAAAGCUUAUAGCCUCUGGGAGAAAGAACUGCUCCAGAAUCAUCAGUGGUGACCCAGAUGAGGUAAGAAAAACUGUGAUCCACAAUUUGAUUGUUACAAAGAGAAGGGUACUCGCCACAGAGAGAGACUAUUUAGAAGAAACCGAAGACUGUACACAUUUUAAAAAACUGAAAAAAUAUGUCAUGUUUAGUCUUAGUGAUGAGGAAAGAAAUUAUCCCAUUGCUUAUUCCAUGGUGAUCCAUGAUGACAUUGAGAUGUUUGAAAGGCUAUUACGAUCUAUUUACAUGCCUCAGAAUGUGUAUUGCAUACAUGUGGACAUGAAAUCUUCUGACACGUUCUUUAAGGCAGUAAAAGCCAUAACUUCAUGUUUUCCCAAUGUAUUUUUGUCAUCUAAACGGGAGUCUGUAGUCUAUGCCUCAUGGUCUCGUGUCCAAGCUGAUCUAAACUGCAUGGAGGACUUGUUGAACAGCAGUGUUGACUGGAAGUACCUUAUAAACACAUGUGGAGCAGAUUUCCCUUUAAAGACAAAUGCUGAAAUUGUCAACGCAUUAAAGCUUUUGAAUGGCAAGAACAACAUGGAAUCUGAGAAACCUCCUUCCUUUAAGAAGAGUCGAUGGGAAUAUCAUUAUGAAAAUAAUAAUGGUAUAGUGCGAUCCAAUAUAAAAAAAAUGACACCACCAUUUAAUAUUCCAAUUUUUACUGGUAAUGCUUAUGUAGUGCUCACCAGAGACUUUGUGAAAUCCUUAUUUGAAAAUUACAUAGCAAUAGCAUUUAUGGAAUGGACUAAGGACACAUAUAGUCCAGAUGAAUACCUUUGGGCUACACUUCAAAGGCUUCCUGAGAUGCCCGGAUCUGUACCCAGUCACUCCAAAUAUGAUACAUCAGACUUAAAUGCAUUGGCCAGAUUGGUGAAAUGGCAGAGCCUAGAAGGAGACAUGAAACAUGGAGCGCCUUAUCCUGUGUGCAAUGGAAAACACAGAAGAGAAGUGUGUGUAUAUGGAACUGGAGACUUGCACUGGUUGGUCCAGCAUCAUCAUUUCUUUGCUAAUAAAUUUGAUCCUAGAGUUGAUGAUCAUGCCAUCCAAUGUUUGGAGGAAUAUCUGAGAUACAAGUUGUUCUAUGGGAAAAUUGUAUAA